UUAGAAUCUUUGGCACCUACACUUCCAAAUCUGCCAGUGGGUGAGUGAGGGCACUGUGAAGCUUCGAUACGAAAUGGCAUCGCAAUCGAGGAAGAGAGUUGACGCUGUCGAUGCUCGAUCUGCUUCCGUUCUCGUUCGCGCCAAAGAUGGCAGCGCUUUCGCUCGAUGUGACGAAUGCAAGAAGAAUGUGCCGGUGGCACUCAUCAACAUGCACAAUUGCAGCCUGGAAGCUAAAAUUAAAAUGAACCUAGAUGCUCAGGUUGUUGAACAGACUGCUGAAGCUAAGAAGCCUGAGAGGAAGAAGCCCAAAUCUAAUGAGCCAAAGGCAAAAAAGGCCAAAGUUGAGAAGGGGAAGAAGGUCAAGGAUCCAAACAUGCCUAAGCGUCCUCCCACCGCCUUCUUUGCCUUUUUGGAUGAUUUUAGAAAAUCUUUCAAGGAAGCUAACCCUGAUUCAAAGGAUGUUAAGCGGGUUGGUAAAGAGGCUGGUGAGAAGUGGAAGUCUAUGACUGAUGAAGAGAAGAAGCCUUAUUUAGAUAAAGUUGCCGAACUCAAGGCAGAGUAUGAGAAGGCUAUGGAAAGCUAUAGAGCUGGGGAAAAUGAAGAGGAUCAAGCUGGGUCUGAUAAGGAAACCACUGCUAAAGAAGUGGAAGAGGAGUUAACAGAUGAGGAGUAAUGGUGGUGUUUUACCACUCUUUGAACCUGAUAACUAUUAUCGGAAGGACCAGUUGAUUGUUUAGACAAAUUAGGGUUGUAAAUUUUGGAACAAGUUUUAGUUGGAUUUUCAUAUUUAGGUUACUCUUUUAAAUGCUACUGAAAUCACCGUACAACCAUAUUUUGUUUUUUGUAAUGCUCUCUUGAAAUAUUCAUGAAUGGUAGUUACAUUUCUACAAGAGGCUUGUUGCCUUUGAGUGUUGAUUCUUUGUUGAACAUGUUUGGGGCAAUUGAUAAUGUAGUAUGGUGUGUGGUCAUAGCUAUUUGUGA